GGGAGUCGCAGUCAGUGUGGCAGCUGGGAAUGUGAGGGUUUCAACACAGACCGCUAUUUUCAGGACUGGGAAGAGUAGCAGGGCUGGCCGGGGAGAGGCUCUGCCCACAGCUCAGCUAUAGCCAACACGCUGUCUUAAUUUGAAGUCCAAACAGGCGAUCUGCGUUUUUUGUCCGGGGGGGUGUCGGUGUUCUCGGACCGCAUCAGAUGGUCAACGGACAGCCGCUGGUGGCUCACUGCGGGGCUGCGUGCUAGAGGGAACCAGCCGGAGCACUGUGUUUGUUCGCUAACACCUUACCUCCUGUCUGGUGGGUCCGGUUGAAAAUGCAGUGAAGUGUCAGCCGUUAAAACGGUAUAAUCUUAAUGGUUCCCGGUGUGAAACGCUCGGUUAAAUGCGCCUGUUUCACCGCUACGAAACCACGCACGCCAACGACGAUGGACUGAAAUCUGCGGCGGGGGCGAACGACACACAACCUGCCGCGAUUUCCUGCAUGUAAAUAAAUAAAUGAUAGAGGAUACAAUGACCCUGCUGUCUCUGUUAGGUCGGAUCAUGCGUUAUUUUCUGCUCAGACCGGAGACCUUGUUCCUACUGUGUAUCAGCCUGGCUCUGUGGAGUUACUUCUUCCACACGGACGAAGUGAAGACCAUCGUCAAGUCCAGCCGGGAUGCGGUCAAGAUGGUCAAGGGGAAAGUGGCGGAGAUGAUGCAGAAUGAGCGGUUCGGCGGGCUGGACGUCCUGGACGCGGAGUUCGCCAAGACCUGGGAGUUCAAGAGCAACAACGUGGCCGUGUACUCCAUCCAAGGCCGGCGAGACCACAUGGAGGAUAGGUUCGAGGUGCUCACCGACAUCGUCAACAAGAGUCACCCGUCUAUAUUUGGGAUUUUUGAUGGCCACGGAGGAGAGGCUGCUGCUGACUUUGCCAAGGCCCACCUGCCCGAGGCUCUCCGCCAGCAGCUACUGGCCUAUGAAAGGGAGAAAGAGCGAGACAGAGAAAAAGAUAAGGAGAAAGAUGAAAAAAAGGAGAGAGGUGGUCUUUCCUAUCCUUCCAUCCUGGAGCAGCAGAUCCUGUCAUUGGAUAGAGAAAUGCUGGACAAGCUUUCUGCCACUUACAAUGAAGCAGGUACUACAUGUCUGGUGGCCCUGCUCUCUGAUAAGGAAUUGACGGUGGCCAACGUCGGCGACUCACGUGGAGUUCUUUGCGAUAAAGACGGCAAUGCCAUUCCUCUAUCGCAUGACCACAAACCUUACCAGCUCAAAGAACGCAAAAGGAUCAAGAAAGCCGGUGGUUUCAUCAGUUUCAAUGGCUCAUGGCGUGUCCAGGGCAUCUUGGCCAUGUCGCGUUCUCUGGGCGAUUACCCUCUGAAGAACCUCAACGUGGUCAUUCCUGAUCCCGACAUCAUAUCCUUUGACCUGAACAAGCUGCAGCCGGAGUUCAUGAUCCUGGCGUCCGAUGGCCUGUGGGACACCUUCAGCAACGAGGAGGCGGUGCGCUUUAUCAGGGAACGACUGGACGAGCCUCACUUUGGCGCCAAGAGCAUUGUCCUCCAGUCCUUCUAUCGUGGUUGUCCUGACAACAUCACCGUCAUGGUGGUAAAGUUUAAAGGCAAGGCCAGCGAGCAGUAGGCCAUCCAUCUACCACAUACAGUAUCUCUAUUAUGUCUGAAUAUGAGUAAGAAUAGGUUUAAGAUGAAAGAUUUAAAAACCGAGCCUGCUAUUUUUUUGGAGGAAGAACUAUUUCUAUCGCUGAUAUUUACAGAAGUUAGCCCUUCAGUGCAUCAACCCCCCUUUCAUUUAGGCUUAGCCAUAUCUUUGAGACACCGUAAUGCAAGCUGAGUCACUGUUAUGCAAAUAAACAGGUUUAGCUUUGUGCAGCUAUGGGGUAUGCCCCUGAGUCUGCACACAUUUGUAUGUAUGACUGUGUGUGUGUGUGUGUGUGGUUGAGAGGAGAAACAGUGAGUCUGUCUUAGUGUAAUAAACUUGCACACAAGUGUCACGUUCACCACCAAUUAAUUGUCUAGCCAAUGAUGAUAUAGUUAUACAUGAUAGCAUGGAGUUCUACUUCUAUAUUUUUUCAUACAUGUGAUGUCUCUCACUCGAUGUCUAUGUGACCACUGAUUUUAUAUUUUUAGUUUCCUAACUCUGUGUUUUCAUAUUGUCUUAUUGUAUUGACAUCUACCAAGUGACUGCACUGAAAAUUCUGUCCUUUAUCACGUUGGCAGGUUACUUUUUUCCUCAGUCAAACACGUCACUGGUGCAAAUCAUUAAUAAAUUUAUUCCCUUUAUUCAUGGACAACACAAUAAUAUGCCUACGCUUGUUCAGACAUCACCAUUCAUGUUGUACAGCAAUAGAACUGAUUACAGUGUUAAACCACACCUGCUGAAUGAGUGAAUGAAUGGCUUUGUCUUGAGUUGCCCCAUUUAGUCCAUUUAGAAUGACUGCUGUUACUUUCUGUGCUGAUAAAGUCUCAUAUCUGCUUUGAUUGUCUAUAACUUUUAAGAUUUUAAAGCUAAGACUAGUUUGGUCUGUUCUAUUUCACUGUUCAGCCCCAACUUAUCAGGACUCACGUAGCUACAGAUAAGGCAGUAACUGUAGGAUAAUAGUGUAGCUUGUCAAAGUGUAAAUGAAGUGUCAUGUUAAAUGGGUUUAAAUGUAAUACAAUCUUUAAAGCAAUACAUUUCCAUAGUAUGAUGUUCUAGUAACAUCACAUUAUGACACUAACUGCUAAUUGUUUAUUAAUUCAGACAGUUAUAUGAGUUUAAUAACAUUGACUGUUAUUGUAUGACGCUGUAAUAAAAGGUAAUAAGUUUUAUCAAUACAUAAUAAUUGAUGUACUAAUAAUUGGAAGUUAAAAUUUUAUAUAAUGUUAUGUGAUAUACAACCCUUCUAAACAGGCUUUAUUUACAUACUGACAUGCUAUUCUGUUCUCUGACUUUUCCUACAUUUACUACAAUCCACAUGAGAUAUAAAAUAAACAGAAGCUGACAACUUACUGUCGAAGUGUCUUGUAUUAAUGUCACAUUCAUCAAGAGAAAAGUCCUUCAUCCUGAUCAUUACUUGUUCAAUCUCCAUUUUCCUGAACUGUAACUCAAAAUGUAACAAGCCUUUGAAUGAAAUGCGUUAUUGUUGCCUUAUUUUCUUAACUGUUCAUUUCCCGUUAUCAAGUCUGCUGCCAAAACUACUUCUCGAUUUUUAAUGUAAUGCAGUCGAUCAUACCUUGCACACUGCACGACCACAGUGUCAUACGUUGUCAACUCAUAUGUAGAAUAGCAUUGUUGAAAGAAUGUCUCCGAGAGACAUGAAACUGUAAGAUGAAUGUACAUACUGUCCUCAUGUUAGUGUCAUCCCUCCAGUGUUUAUACAGCAGUGAAGAAAGCAAUGCGCCUGUUCCUGGAUUGUUUCAGAGAUAUAUACCAGAUAAAACUGUUUGUUUGUGCUUCUUCGGUUCACAUUCUUCCUUGAUGAUGUACCUUACAGAAUGUUUAUGUGGCAUUUGUACUUGUUUUUGUUGACUUUAAUAAACUGUAAAGAAAAGAAUUCAGAAAUUUUAAAAUGUAAAUCAAAAAGGUAACAUUAAAAUGAUAAAUGAUC